AAUUGAGCAAAAGCCCAUUUGAAUGACAAUGCACUCAGAUGUAAAGACCGCACAGGGGUUGUCUGUCAUGUUGGGAUUGCGGUGGACCCCACCGCGCCGAUUGUGCUGACAUGAGCGCCUUUCUACCAUUUUAAUGACAAUGCUCUGGCCAGUCUGUCCGGCACGUAAAAGGCUCCAGCAUGCAUGGGAUGCCCCUAACCUGUUUCUACAACCGCAAUGGGCAAGAUCAUCUUCUACGAGGGCAGAAACUUCGAGGGCCGCCACUAUGAGUGCAGCAGCGACUGCGCCGACACACACACGCACUUCUCGCGCUGCAACUCUAUCCGCGUGGACAGCGGCUGCUGGGUGGCCUACGAGAAGCCCAACUAUGCCGGCUACCAGUACAUGCUGACCCAGGGCAAGUACCCCAACCACCACCGCUGGGCCGGCUUCAACAACUGCAUCCGCUCCUGCCGCAUCAUCCCUUCUUACAAUGGAUCAUACCGGCUGAAGAUCUUCGAGAGGACCGAUUUUUCGGGUAAGAUGAUGGAGCUGAGCGAGGACUGCCCCAACCUGCAGGACAGUUUCCAGAUGCGCAGCAUCUCCUCCUGCAACGUGGUGGAGGGCUACUGGAUCCUCCACGAGCAUCCCCACUACCGCGGCCGCCAGUACAUCCUGCGGCCCGGCUCCUACAGCCGCCACAGCGACUGGGGCAGCAUGACCACCAGCGUGGGCUCCGUGCGGCGCGUCACAGAGCUCAAGCAAAACCAGUAAAGCCCCUAGCUCAGACAGCACCCCAGGUCCCGAGCUGAAACGCUUCACGUGCCUGCAGGGCUGUUUAAGCUGGUGACAGUUUGCGCUGAGGUAUAUGUGAGGUUUAAGGAUACAUGUUUGGCCAGCAGAGUCCCAGUAAGAGAUAUAGGACCAGCAAAUAUUAACAGGGCAGAUUGUAUAUGCGUAACUGUAAACGUAGCUGUAUUUAACAGAUGCCCCCUAAGGCCCUCUACAGCUCUGUGCCUACCUGCUGGUGUCAAAUGUCAUAUCUACAAUGACAUAGACAAUACAACCUCUGUACUGGAAAACUCAUGCCGACAUAACAAAGACAUUAUAUUAAGUUAAAUUAUUCUUUCGUAGUCUUGUUUUAGACAUUUUUUAGAUUGUUUUUGAGAAGAUGCUAGAAGCAUAAAGAGCAACAAUUAGUGAAAUGACUAGUCAAAAUCUAGCAGGCGCUCUUCAGUAAACCAAACAGUGUUCAAAAUACCCAUCUGAAGGCAUGAAACUUCAUGAAACUAUGUCAAUGUAAUAUCUUAUGUCUUGAAGUAAAAAAAGGUGUAUGCCUGCGUCCAUUAGCAAAGACACUAAACAUUACUGACUUGUGGUUGCAACUUCAAAACCUUUCUAUGUAAUAUAUUUUCAGUAAGGCAAUACCGAAGCUUAUUAUUAUUAUUAUCAGUACCAGUGUGCCCUUUAUACAUAACUGUAUGACUGUAUCUGAUCUGAUAUCCCCAUCUCAUUCAUUUGCCAGUUUUCUCAUGUGGAAUCCAUUAGAUGUUGAUUUUUAGAAGCAGACAUGUUUUGUACUAUUACAGAGGGCUGCAAUCCUUCUUGAGCCUCA